AGAUAGCAAGAAAAGUCAACUUAGACAGCGAUACAUUUGGAAAUAAAACUUGUUUUGCUUAAAUAACUGUUCCUUUUACUAUUGCGAAACACAGUUUUGUCUGUUUAUAGCAUUAGGUCUUUGACAAAAACACUAAUCAUUUUGACUAUGUAUUGGUAUGUAAUUUACGGUGGUGUAAGGUCCUGGAAAAAGAUUACAAAUAGACCUUGAAAGUGCAUGAAAAGUGCUUGAAUUUGUAAUUAUAUCCCUGUAAAUAUCCAAAUGUUAUUCUUAGGCUAACUGUCUGUAAGUUAAGCUAACACAUGUGUUUCCCCCCCAUAGGAAGUGAGCCAAGAUUCUGAUAGCGACACCGACGUAUGUACCCCUGAGAGUUCACAUGAUGAUGUUGGUGAUGACCCAGAUGUACCACCCCUGAAGAGAACUGACAGCCUAUUUCUUACCAGAGAAUACCUUGAACAGAUCUCUAAGAUGCCUGAUGGAUCAGAAGCCUCUAUGAGCUGCAUUGAAAGCAGUUGUGAUGGAUAUAUUCCGCCAAAAAACUCAAUACGUGGAAGUAGUUCAGAGGGAUCUCAGGAUCUUACAAACAAGGUUCCAUUGGUUAAACAAAAGAAGCCAAAGAAGACGUACAAAAGAAAGACAUUUGCCAGUACUAAGAGAUCAGAAAGUGAACACUCUGACACAAGCCUGGAAAAUGUGUCAGUACUGAAGCAGCGAAAAAGAAAAAUUGGUGGCAGAGUACACAGUAAGAGGCAUCAUUGUCUGUACUGUCCCAUGCAGUGCCAUAGAAUGGCAAGACAUUUAGUCCGAAAACACAGCAAUCAAUCAGCUGUAGCAAAGGCAAUCAGUUUUCCUUUGAACUCAAAAGAACGAAAACUGCAUUUUCGCCUAAUUCAAAAUAAAGGAAACCAUGCUCAUAAUAAUGAGGUAUUGAAAAAUGGUAGGGGGACAUUGAUCCCAAGUUAUCAAACUAAGGAACCAGUGAAUGCAAGUGACUACAUGCACUGCAUUUACUGUGAAGCUUUGCUUAAAAGAAAGUCCUUAUGGAGGCACGUGUCCAGGUGCAAACUUUCACGAAACUGUAGCACAACAAAACCAGGCCAAAGUCGGGUCCAAUCACUCUGUGCCUUUGCACAACCCGUCCCAGAUGGUGUUAGCAAAAAGGUUUGGGAGCUGACAAAUGCAAUGCAACAAGAUGAAGUCACAAACAUCAUCAAAGAGGAGAAAAGCAUUUUGAGAUUUGGAGAACAUUUGUAUGUAAAGCUUGGACAUGACAACACCAAACAUGUGUACAUUAGACAAAAAAUGCGAGAAAUAGGAAGACUUGUUCGACAAGCACAGAAUGCUGGCAGACUGAAACAUAUGGAGGACUUCUAUGUACCUUCCAACUUCAACUCUGUGGUUGAAGCAGUACGAGAGCUGGCUGGCUUUCAUGAACACAGCAACAGCUACAAAACUCCGUCCUUGGCCUUAAAACUGGGUCAUAGUCUCAAGAAGAUUGCAGAUAUACUUCAGUGUGAAGCACAGAUGGCAGAGUCUGACAAUGAGGAAUUUCUGAAGAAUCUGGAGAGGAGCCGGAGUAUUUAUGAGAAAAAGUGGGAUGUAUGUGUGUCACCUUGUGCCCUACAGACUCUUAAAGAGGGGAGACAGACCACGAGCCUGGACCAAAACCAAAUCAAUCCUGAAGAGGAAGUACCAGAGGCUGUGGAAAGCGAUCUCUCAGAGACAGAGGCACAGGAGUCAUCUUUCAACUCUAGGUCAUCAGGCUCAUUGAGAUCUAAAAAAAGACAGCCAAUGACUGAUGAGUCUGAUGAUGACAUUGCACCCACAGGAUCUUCAACACCUAAGAGAAAAAUGCUAGCUGUUGACAGUGAUGAUGACCCUAAAACUGGACCAGUACCCUCAACAUCAAAGAAAAUGGAAGCUGAGUCUGAAAGAAGUGACCCUAAAACAGAAACCUCAAAGAAGAGGGGUUGGUCACCUGCAGAAGUCCAAGCUGUGGAAAAAACGCUGAAAACGUUCAUUGAAUCUGGUAAAGUACCAGGAAAAUCAAACUGUGUAGCCUGUAUUAAGGCCUCCCCUGAAGCACUUAGAAGCAGAACAUGGACGGCGAUAAAGUUUUACGUUAAAAAUCGCAUAACUGCCAUUCAGCGUGAAAGUUCAAGACGUUACUGA